AAACGUGGUUUUCGUCAUCCGUUGUUGGAGCUAACGAACACUCUCUGAUUAGCCAAACAAUGAGACCCCCGAGAGGCGGCGGACGCGGCGGCGGUUUCAGAGGUGGGCGGGACGGUGGCGGUCGUGGCUUCGGAGGACGAGGCGGCGGUGGUCGUGGCUUCGGAGGACGAGGCGGCGGCGGAUUUCGCGAUGAAGGACCACCCUCCGAAGUCGUAGAGGUGUCGACGUUUUUGCAUGCAUGUGAGGGAGAUGCAGUGACAAAGCUUACUAAUGAGAAAAUUCCUUUUUUUAAUGCUCCUAUAUAUCUCCAAAACAUGACUCAGAUUGGCAAAGUUGAUGAAAUAUUUGGUCCCAUCAACGAAGCUUACUUUUCAAUUAAAAUGAUGGAAGGGAUUGUUGCUACUUCAUAUUCAUCCGGUGACAAGUUUUAUAUUGACCCAAGGAAACUGCUGCCUCUUGCAAGAUUUCUUCCGCAACCGAAGGGACAAGCACAAGCUGCUGGAGGUGGUGGCAGAGGAGGUCGAGGUGGAGGCAGAGGUGGCCGUGGAGGAGGGGGCGGUGGUUUUCGUGGAAGGGGUGGUCCAAGGGGUGGGAGAGGUGGUCCUCCUAGGGGUGGGCGUGGUGGUGGUUUCAGGGGAAGGGGGAGAUCAUAG